AUGCCUCCCUCAGCGUCAAAGCAAAAACGUCUCGCAGAAAAGGCCGCGAAGAAGAACGCAGGGGGCGCAACUGAUGCCUCAACAUCGACCUCGACGCCGACAGGCUCAGUGAACGGGGGGACCAUUACACCCUUGACGAGUCUAAGCGGACUCAACAGCAAAGUGGGGAGCCAGGAGGAUCUGACGAGCAUGGCCAAGUUGAACUUGGCCACUGAUAGGAGCGCAGCGGGAGUGCUCGUGUCGGAUGUGAAGGGGCGCGAUAUCAAGAUCGAUGCGUUUACGCUGUCAUUCCAUGGCAGGCUCCUUAUUGAAGGUGCGGAAAUUGCGCUGAACUACGGCCAGCGGUAUGGCCUGUUGGGCGAGAAUGGUUCCGGAAAGUCUACAUUUCUGCAAUCUAUUGCGGAGCGAGACAUUGAAAUCCCAAAUCACAUCGACAUCUACAUCGUCCGAGGGGAAGCCGAACCCUCAGACGUUAAUGCCGUGGACUUUAUCGUCGCCUCCGCCCGUGCCAAAGUCGCCCGCCUUGAAGCCUACAUCGAGGAACUAUCCGUCGCGGACUCUGUAGAUGAAGCCGCUCUCGACCUCGCAUAUGAAGAGCUUGAAGAGAUGGACCCAGCCACAUUCGAAGCUAAAGCCGGCUCCAUUCUGCAUGGUCUCGGGUUCACCCCAACGAUGAUGAAGAAACCUACAAAAGACAUGAGUGGUGGAUGGCGCAUGCGCGUCGCUCUCGCUCGUGCCCUUUUCAUCAAGCCCCAUCUCCUGCUCCUCGAUGAACCCACUAACCAUCUCGACCUCGGCGCCGUAGUCUGGCUCGAAGCCUAUCUAUCAACGUACAAUCAUAUCCUGGUCAUCACCUCCCACUCGCAGGAUUUCAUGGACUCGGUGUGCACGAACAUCAUGGACUUGACGCAGAAGAAGAAGUUGGUAUACUAUACCGGUAAUUACUCGACCUACGUCAAGACGAAGCAGGAGAACGAGGUUAAUCAAAUGAAGGCGUAUCAUAAACAACAAGAGGAAAUCGCCCAUAUCAAAAAAUUCAUCGCGUCCGCGGGUACCUACGCCAACCUCGUCCGACAGGCAAAGUCCAAACAAAAGAUCAUCGACAAGAUGGAGGCUGCCGGUCUCAUUGAGAAAAUCGAAACUGGGAAACCACUCAGAUUCAACUUUGAGGAUAUCAGGAAACUGCCGCCGCCGAUUAUUGCGUUUGAUAACGUUGCUUUUUCGUAUUCGGGAAAGAAGAAGGAUUAUUUGUAUGAAAAGCUGUCUUUUGGUAUCGAUAUGGACUCCCGCAUAGCCAUUCUCGGCGCCAACGGUACUGGCAAAUCCACCCUCCUGCACCUCAUCACAGGCGUCCUCCAACCCUGCGAAGGCACCAUCUCCAAGCACGCAGCCCUCAAACUGGCAAAAUACUCGCAACAUUCGGCGGAUCAGUUGCCCUAUGAUUUGUGUCCGAUUGAGUAUUUCCAGCAAUUGUUUAGUCAGAAGUUUCCCGAGAAGGAUAUUAUGGCUUGGAGAACGCAGUUGGGUCGAUUUGGGCUGUCGGGGGCGCAUCAAACUGCUCCGAUCAAGCAACUUUCGGAUGGGCUGAGGAAUCGCGUCGUCUUCGCUCAACUGGCGAUGGAACACCCACAUAUCCUCCUUCUCGACGAACCGACUAACCAUUUGGACAUGCAGUCCAUUGACGCCCUUGCCAAAGCUAUCAAGGAGUUUGAGGGUGGCGUCGUGAUCGUGUCACAUGACUUCCGUCUCAUUUCUCAAGUUGCAGAAGAGCUUUGGGAGGUUGCUGACAAGACAAUCAAGAACCUUACGAAGCAUGAUAUCAGCAUUGUCGACUACAAAAAGAACUUGGUCAAACAAAGUUUCGCUGCAAUCGAGAAAGCAAAACUAUUCAGCAAAACUGCGCCCAAAGGCAGGACUUGA